UGCAAAGGAAACGCGUGAACGGAGAAGUGUUGACGAAAGUUUCAAGAUGUUAGACUUUUUCACGAUUUUCAGCAAGGGUGGGAUUGUUUUGUGGUGUUUCCAGGGGACGUCUCAGUUUUUUACACCAUCCGUCAACGCCUUGAUAAAAAGUGUGAUUUUACAGCAACGAAGUGGAAGCAAUCAAUUCAACCAUGAUCAACUGACUCUGAAGUAUAAACUGGACAAUGAGUUUGAACUGGUGUUUGUGGUGGCGUACCAGAAGAUCCUGCAGCUUUCCUACAUUGACAAGUUCCUGGAUGACAUUCAGUUGGAGUUCCGCAACAAGUACAAGGACGAACUGCUGCAGGGCAACGUGUCCCACAGCUACAACUUCUCCGACGAGUUUAACCUCAUCCUCAGACACAAGGAGCAGGAGAGCAAGGCGAAAGCUCUCAAACCACGGGAAAUGAGGACCUUUGAAAAGUCUGACAAAUCUAAGAAGACUGUGGCAUCAAUGAUUGAGAACAAGAAGGAUGAGAAGAAGCCUGCCAAGGGGAAGGAGAACAAGCCAGUCAAAGUCAAGGCUAAGGCUCAGCCCGCCCCAGAGCCUGUUGUGGAGGUAGCACCGCCCGAGGCUCAGAAACUCACCAAUGGAGAAGUUGAUGAGGAAACUUUGAGGAGGAACAGGGAGAAACUCUUCAACCGAGGCAAGAAGAAGACGAUUGUUGAGAGCGCCAGCAAGAGUCCCGAAUCGCAGAAGAAGAAGGGCAAGGCUAAGCGUGUGUGGGAUAACGCCGGGACGUCCCGCGACAUCGACUCCCUCAACUUCAGCACUGCAGGAGGCAAGGAGGAGGAGAUGAAUGGGGAGACUUACACUACAGAGGCAGAGAGAAGCCAAGUGGGUCAGCUGGCUGGACAGUUGAGGGAUAUCGAGCCGGAGAGUAGCGAGGAAGAGGAGGAAGAAGACGAUGAUGAUGAAGAGGAGGAGGAGGAGGAGGAAGUAACUCAGACUGCAUCCAAGAGUCAGACCAAGUCAAGCGGCUACAGCAUGUUUGGCAUGUUCAAGAACCUUGUGGGUUCCAAAACACUGACAAAAGAAGAUGCCAAGUCUGCCCUGGAGAAGAUGAAGGAUCAUUUGAUAGGGAAGAAUGUAGCCGCAGAUAUUGCUGUCAAGCUGUGUGAGGAUGUGGCGGCCAAACUGGAGGGGAAAGUGCUGGGAACUUUCGAAGGUGUGAACUCCACUGUGAAGAAUGCCCUCCAGGAAUCGUGUGUGCAGAUCCUGUCACCACGGCGACGAGUAGACAUGCUCCGUGAUGCCAUGGAGUGCAAACAGAAGAAGCGGCCUUACUGCAUCACCUUCUGUGGUGUGAAUGGAGUCGGCAAGUCCACUAAUCUGGCCAAGGUGUGUUUCUGGCUGGUAGAGAAUGGAUUCCGAGUGUUGAUUGCCGCCUGUGACACGUUCCGAGCCGGAGCCGUGGAGCAACUCCGCACUCACACACGGAAACUGAACGCUCUCCAUCCCGCGGAGAGGCACAGCGGCCAGCAGAUGGUGCAGCUGUACGAAAAGGGAUACGGCAAAGACGCGGCUGGUAUUGCGAUGGAGGCCAUCAACCACGCGCGUGACAGCCGCAUCGAUGUGGUGCUGGUGGACACUGCAGGCAGAAUGCAGGACAAUGAGCCUCUCAUGAGGGCUCUAGCAAAGCUAAUCAAAGUGAACCAGCCGGACCUGGUUCUGUUCGUUGGCGAGGCCCUGGUUGGGAACGAGGCUGUAGAUCAGCUGACUAAGUUCAACCAGGCUCUGGCCGAUCACUCUAACAUGACCAACCCAAGGCUCAUCGAUGGUAUCAUCCUCACUAAGUUUGAUACCAUUGAUGAUAAGGUUGGUGCUGCAAUAUCCAUGACCUAUACGACUGGUCAGCCUAUUGUAUUCGUGGGCACGGGUCAAACUUACACUGACCUUCGCAACCUCAACGCCAAGGCCGUAGUUCACGCUCUCCUCAAGUAACAACGUCAUGCUGCACAGUCUUACUCUAAUGUUAAAGGUUUUCAUUUUUGUUGCUUCUGAAGCAGGCUACAUUGUAAGUUGCAUGUGUAUUGAUUGUUUUAUGUUCUUGUUGAAGCAUAAACACGUUAGAUGAUAGUGGAUGCAGGUUUAUCAUGUGAGAACACUGAGUACAAUGGAGGCAGGUGUUCGUACUUUUAUAAUUGGUGUAAAGAUAGACAAGAUGAGAUUUGU